AUGAGCCUCGCGCACGAGACUGCCGGGAUGGAAAAGAAUCACUAUGACAACCCACCUCCUGUGCAUUACCCCCUGGCGGAUCCUGCCAAAGGACAUCAGCUCAGUAGCAACGACGAGGAUGUCGCUAUUGUCGCCUCUGAUCAGAACGAGCUUAAGCGCGACUUGAAGGGUCGUCAUAUGCAGAUGAUUGCCAUUGGCGGUGCCAUUGGCUCCGGUCUGUUCAUUGGUUCUGCCUCAUCCUUCGUCACUGGUGGACCUGCCGCUGUUAUCAUUGGAUUUACCGUUGAAUUUGUACUAUCCAUCAUAAAGGUUUUGGCUUGCGUAGGAUUCAUGAUCCUGGGCAUUAUUAUUAAUACCGGAGGUGUGCCAACCGACGACAGGGGUUAUAUUGGCAACAGAUACUACAAUAUUCCUGGUAUGGGUCCGAAAUUCACCGCCUACAUUGAUAGGCGGGGUCGUCCAGUCGUUGUGGUGGUUAUUCAGCUUCUGUUCGGACUGCUGGCAUAUAUCAAUCUCGCUCCCAGCGGCGGAGAUAUCUUCACCUGGUUGCUGUCUUUGUCUGGCAUCACUGUGCUGUUCGUCUUCGGCAGUAUUGCUGUCGCACAUAUCCGUUUCCGCAGAGCUUGGGCCUUGAAUGGCCACACUCUUGAUGAAAUCCCAUACAGAGCCUCAUUCGGCGUUUGGGGCUCUUGGGUAUGCUUCGCCAUCAACGCCAUUGCGCUCAUCGCCCAAUUCUACGUCGCGCUUUACCCAGUCGGUGGAACACCUCUCAGCGUCGAGGGCUUUUUCGAAACCUACAUGGCGGCACCUUUCCUCAUCGUCUUGUACUUGGGGUGGAAGGUCUACAGCUGGUUCAAGUAUCCUUCGCACCGUCCAUUGUGGAUUCGAACGAAGGACAUCGACAUCUAUACUGGCAUGAGGCAGGGACAGAGGGAGGUAAUCAGCGGCGAAGGUGUGACCGAAGACCAGAGACGCGCGAGCAUCGAGGAGAUGCGCGACGGGCAGAAAAAGAAGGGUGUCAAGGCCUACAUUAGGGCGGCUUAUCAUACAGUACUUUAG